GCGCGUGGCUCCGACUGCGCAGGAACAGCUGGUUCCUCCGAGGGCGGCCGGCGAGAGCGCGGGCGUGGGACGCUGGGGUGGCCGCCGAGCCGCGCUGCGGGAGCGGCCGUCACAGCCGCUGGCGCCUUGCACCAACUCACCAUGUCCGGGCAGCUGGAGCGUUGCGAGCGCGAAUGGCACGAGCUGGAGGGAGAAUUUCAAGAACUGCAGGAAACACACAGGAUCUACAAGCAGAAGCUGGAGGAGCUGGCUGCGCUGCAGACGUUGUGUAGCAGUUCCAUCAGUAAGCAGAAGAAGCACCUCCAGGACUUGAAGCACACACUCCAGAGGUACAAACGCCAUGCCAGUCGGGAGGAGGCGGAGCUUGUUCAGCAGAUGGCCGCAAACAUCAAGGAGCGGCAGAACGUCUUCUUCAACAUGGAGGCCUACCUGCCCAAGAAGAACGGGCUCUACUUGAACCUGGUCCUCGGCAAUGUGAAUGUGACCCUCCUCAGCAAUCAGGCCAAGUUUGCCUACAAGGAUGAGUAUGAGAAGUUCAAGCUCUACCUGACCAUCAUCCUGCUCCUGGGUGCCGUGGCUUGUCGAUUCGUCCUUCACUACAGGGUGACCGACGAAGUCUUCAACUUCCUGCUGGUGUGGUAUUACUGCACCCUGACCAUUCGGGAGAGCAUUCUCAUCAGCAACGGCUCAAGAAUUAAAGGCUGGUGGGUGUCUCACCACUACGUCUCCACGUUCCUGUCCGGGGUGAUGCUGACCUGGCCUAAUGGACUCAUUUAUCAGAAGUUUCGAAACCAGUUUUUAGCAUUUUCCAUUUUUCAGAGCUGCGUCCAGUUCCUGCAAUAUUAUUACCAGAGGGGCUGCCUCUACCGGCUUCGGGCCCUGGGGGAGAGGAACCACCUGGAUCUCACGGUGGAAGGGUUCCAGUCCUGGAUGUGGCGGGGCCUGACCUUCCUCCUGCCCUUCCUCUUCUGUGGCCAUUUCUGGCAGCUCUAUAAUGCCGUCACGCUGUUUGAGCUCUCCACCCACGAGGAAUGCAGAGAAUGGCAGGUGUUCGUGCUGGCGCUCACCUUCCUCAUCCUCUUCCUCGGCAACUUCCUGACCACGCUCAAAGUGGUGCAUGCCAAGCUCCGGAAGAACAGAGGCAAGACAGAGCGGCCCUGAGCUCUGGGCUCCUGCACCCUGGGGCCGGACUUUAGACUGCCGGGGCUGCUGCGCUCCUCCCCAGCAGCCACCUCAGGCCUGUGGCAUCGCUGGGAGAGAGCCCAGGCCCCGAUCCCCCAAAGGACGAGAGGAAUGUGAGCCCCGCCUGUCUGCACAGUGUUCGCCUAUUUAUAACAUAUUUAAUGCCGGGUCCCCCAUCAUCCCUGGAACCCAGGCCAGUCUUCCUGGGGAUGGGUCUGAAGCCUCAGGUAGCCCCUCUGUUCCCACUCUCGUCAUUUGAACCCCUGUGGGUGGGGUUUGGAUGUGCCUCUCGAGGUUGGAUUUUAUGCUGACCUGCUACUUACCAGGCCCAGGCUGAGGUGGCCUGAACCCUCAGCGCCCUUUGGCGCCCCCGUCUCGGGGCCACUCUGCUUCUGCUGUGAGCCCUCCUCACCCACCCGCCUCAUGGUGGGGGUUAUUUAAGUUCUCAGAGACCCACUGCGUCUGCCUCAUGCUCUUCUUGCCCCUGGAAGCUCUGGGGGGCGUCCUGAGUCAGGAUGUGAGCAGAGUCGCCGCCAGAGGGCGUCCCGGGCCGUCCAAGGGAACAAGGACGUUCCUGUCCACACUUCAGGAUUCCCUGACCUCCCAUCUUGCAGCCUUCCUGCAGUCUUGCGACGGGUACUUGGGGAGUGGGACCAAGACCCUUGGACCCUGUGGAAGAGUCCCACCUCGCCCCUUUUUCCUGGAGGUUCUGGAUGUUUUGGGGGGGAGGUAUGGAGGCCCUGGCAGGCUCACCCCCAGGGGGCGAACCCUGACACUGGGCCAGAGCCACUGGGCACCACUUGGGUGAGACUGCAUUUGAUGUGAGGUGGAGAGGCCACCAGGCAUAUGGGCCUCAGCUGCCCCUAAGCAGGUCCCUACAAAUCCCAAGGCCAGACAUCAAGCAGUGCACACAGGCAUGCCUUGUUUAGCCCUCCCCAAGGAAUUUUAAUUUUUUUUUUCUUUUUUUUUUUUUUGGAGACAGGGUCUCGCUCUGUCGCCCAGGCUGGAGUGCAGUGGCGCAAUCUCGGCUCACUGCAGCCUCCACCUUCUGGGUUCAAGCAAUUCUCUUGCCUCAGCCUCCCGAGUAUCUGGGAAUACAGGUGCCUGCCACCACACUCAGCUAAUUUUUGUAUUGUUAGUAGAGAUGGGGUUUCACCAUGUUGGCCAGGAUGGUCUCGAUCUAUAGACCUUGUGAUCUGCCUGCCUCAGCCUCCCAAAGUGGUGGGAUUACAGGCAUGAGCCACUGCGCCCGGCCACCCUGCUACUUUUUAAUAUUUUUAGUAGAGAUGGGGUCUCGCUAUGUUGCCCAAGCUAGUCUCCAACUCAUGGGUUCAAGUGAUCCUCCUGUCUUGGCUUUCCAAAGUGCUGGGAUUACAGGUGUGAGCCACUGUGCCUGGCCUGAUUACAUUUUUUAAAUGAGAUUUCCCCUCCCCCGCAGUGAGAUUUCACAUACAAAUCCAGGUUUCUGCUUUCCCUAGAAAAAUGGACCUGGCAACAUUCCCAUGGCGGGGGCGCCUGCUCUCCAGUCACCAUAGGCGACUGUGUGCCUUGCCCUUCGUUCUGGUCUCCUUUCUGGCCCUUUUUAGGUGCCUACCUUUGCCCUAGAUUAGGAGUCAGCUAGCUGUCUGUAAAUGGCAGAUGGCAACUAUUUUAAGCUUUAUGGGCCAGGGGGUCUAUGUGGCAGCUACUCUUGCCUGCAGUCACAGAGCACAAGGCAAUGCUCAAAAGAAUAGGUGUGGCUGUGUUCCAAUAAAACUUUAUUUACAAAUCAGCCUGUGGCCAGAUGUGGCCCAUAGGCUGUAGUUUGCAGACCUCUACCUUAGACCAUCGUUUGUCCAUGAGGCCUUGGAUUCUUGAGAACAAGAGCUCCUUGGUUGAUUCCCCAGGGGAUGGCAGGGCCUUGGGAACCUGGGUAAGGUGGGCCUCAGGGGGCUGAGGCAGGAGAUACCAGGAAGAACAGGAGCCGCAUCCCGUCCUAGACGACAGCAAUUCCUAGGUGCACUCCAGAGGCGAGCAGCUUGCGACCUGUGUUGGGCAAUAGAAUCGAAUCCCCUGGGAUGCUUGUUUAAAAAGUUGUGCACAGUGGCUCACACCUGUAAUCCCAGCACUUUGGGAGCCUGAGGUGGGUGGAUCAUGUCAGGAGUUCAAGACCAGCCUGACCAACAUGGUGAAACCCCAUCUGUAAUAAAAAUACAAAAAUUAGCCAGGCAUGGUGGCAUGUGCCUGUAAUCCCAGCUACUCAGGAGGCUGAGGCAGGAGAAUUGCUUAAACCCCGGGAAGUGGAGGUUUCAGUGAGCCAAGAUGACACCACUGCACUCCAGCCUUGGUAACAGCCUCCAAAAAACUCCUGGACCCUUGACCCCAGACCUUCCCAAAGGAGGCUUAGGGAUUAGGUAUCUGGCUGUUGGUGACACAGGUGGUCUGUGAACCAGUUCUGAAACUGUCCCAUGUGGGCUGGGAGUUGAUUCUGUUAGUUCUCAGAGGAGGCUUGGAUGUCUUGCCUCCUGGACUCCACAGGCUGGUAGAAGCGAGCCUUGAGGAACAGCAGGUGGGAGCCUGAUGAUAGUUAAGUGGGCCAGUCCUGUCCUGCCAGUAGGGGGAACAGCCCACAGAAAACUAGCUCACGACGUGGGGAGCCAAUGGCUCUUCCCAUCCUGAGUCCCUGACAGUGGGGUCUUUGGAUGAGACUUGGAGGGUGUGGUCAGAUGGGGGGGUCCAGGUAUACUUUUAACAUCUGAGAGGCCAUUUCGUCUGCCCCCUGGGCACAUGCUCCCAGCUCUCCGAGGGCCACAGGCCAAGCUGAAGGUUGAAGUCUUCCAUAUGGAAUGGAGAUGGGAGGGGUUGGUGCCAGCCCCGCCACCAGGCUGCAGCCUGUGUUCUCCUGAUAGGCCCGGUCCCCGCGGUGGCCCCCCGAGUUCCUGGGGGAGGAAGGAAGGAGCUGGAGGUUGCAGCGGUGCCUAUCUCCAGAGCCCAGGGAGGCAGGGACAUAGGAGAGGCAGGCUUGGGUGCCUGCGUGGAAUAGUGCCAGGUCCACAUUUACCAACCACCAGAUGGACUGUUCAUUCUAAGCAUAACUUGGGUUUGCACUGGGGAGACCCUCGUGGCGGGGGCAGCUGUGAUGAGGGCACUUUGAGUCCUGAGGACAGACACUGGCUCCUGUACCCACAUCACCACUGCACCCCAGUGGGGAGCCUGGAGGGGAGUUUGUGGUCAGAGCCCCAGUCAGGAAAGGAGAGAGUUCUUGAAUGUUCCAAGAGUCUAGCCACAGGCCCCAGACAACAGGAGCUGGAGGGUUGGGAUGGGGCGGCCUCCCAGUUCAGUUGGCCCCUGGGGUCCCGGGCCCUGUCAGUGCUGUCUUGAGGGCCGUCUGCCCUGGGUCACAGCAACAGGCAGAGCCGGCGCUUCUUUUGCCGCUGUGUUUUCUUCAGAGCACUGAGAGCCACCUUGGCCGCCUCCCGGAAGACGUCCUCCACAUUCUCCCGAAACUUGGCGGAACAUUCCAGGUAGAGAGCAGCUCGGAUCUGUUCGCAGGCGCUCAGGCCCUGGGUUGGGGAGGAGCCAGUGUUAGCUGAGGGGCCCCUGGAGGUCUCCUGACACCACCGCGUGGGUUUGGGGCUGACCCACCCUGUCCUCUCUCCAGCUCCAGGCAGGGAGGGGCUGAACCCUGAGACUGGGUGGGUUCCCCAUGUGUGUCUCCCAAGCCUGUGAGAAGAGGUGGAGGUCUCCAGACAGGACUUGCAGCCACCUCUCUCCCGUCUCUGAAAAUACCAUUUAGGGAAAUGAAUUUGCCCUCAUUAAUAGUUUUUACUUCUUGUGACGGUUCUUGUUGCCUUUGUAUUCCUUUUAUCCUGUUUGUUCCCUCAUGCCUCAUCUAAAGAGUUGCACGGUU